AAGCAACAAUGGCUCUGCCGCCCUUUCGCGCCCGAACCGAGUCCGCUGGCGGUGGCGCCGAUCUCUCGCUGGACUUCCGUGCCGAGCCCAUGUAUCGCUGGAAGCGCAUGGCAGGCUGCACCAUGGCCCCAAGUCGGAGCAAGCACACCAUGGUCGCGCAUGGAAACAGCCUCUUUGCAUUUGGCGGCGACGACGGACACAAAAUGCUCAAUGAUCUGCUGAGAUUCGAUAUUGAAAAGGGCGUUUGGUCAAAGAUGAGCGUGGAAGGCAAGUCGCCGUCCCCUCGCUACCACCACUCUGCGGUCGUGUUUGGGAAUAGCAUGUUUGUGUUUGGAGGAUACACGGGCGACCUGUACUCCAACACCAACUUGGAAAACCGCAACGAUUUGUUCGAGUACCGAUUCGAUCUGAACAGCUGGCAAGAGUGGAGCACGGUGGGUGCCCGCCCUGUUGCUCGGUCGGCGCACAGUGCGUGUGUGUAUGGCGACUACCUGUACAUUUUUGCUGGCUAUGAUGGCAAGGCGCGCUUGAACGACAUGUGGCGCAUCCGCUUGUCGCCCGAAGAGUCCACCACGCCGGCGACGCCCGGGUCGGCAGCGCCAACCCACGAAUGGCAGGAGGUCAGUCAGAGUGGCAACCAUCCUCCCACCUGCUGCAACUUUCCCAUGGCCGUGGCCUCGGACAGCAUGUUUGUCUUUUCGGGCCACUCUGGAGCCAAGACGUCCAACGACUUGUUCGAGUUUGAGUUCUCCACAGGCCGGUGGACCAAACUGACCCAUCGCCACAUGAUUGACGGCGGCGAUCCUCCGCCGCCCCGGCGCUUUGGUCACACAAUGGUGGCGUUCGGCAAUCAUCUGUACAUUUUCGGUGGAUCGGCCGAUAACGCCUUGCCCGGUGACGUGAUGGCGUAUGACCUUCAGGCAGACAUUUGGCGCGCGGUGGAGCCUCAUGGCAACUCUCAGAUUCCCACCGGGCGAUGCUUCCACGCCUGUGCUGUUGUCGAUAGCGGCAUGUUUGUUUUUGGCGGCACGGUCGAUUUCUCGCAAAACAUCAAGUCAACCGACCUCUUCCGCUUCCAGCUCGCAGUCAUUCCCAGCUGCUCGCUGCACAGCGAUUAUGCGCGGUUUUACCAGUCCGGCGAGCUCACGGAUCUGGUCUUCAAGAUUGGUCCAGAGCAGAAAUCCAUCCGCGCGCAUGUCGCGAUGGUUGCCGCCCGCUCCAAGUACCUUCGCGAGCUCAUUCUUCGCAAACGCGGUCCAACUUCAUUGUACAACUCUGUCGUCCAUGCCACCAAAGGCGCAACGGCGACAACGGCUUCCGACAGCAGCAGCAGCAGCAGCGGCAGCAGCGGCGGUGGCGCAGCACCAACUCAAGGAUACCAAACGCUGUAUCCAACUGUCGCGCAAGACGUGGAACAGACCAAAGGCGCUCGCAGCGACGCUCACGCGCCUAGUCGGCAACUAGCUGCUCUCGACACGCUGGUAGACGAAAGCCCGCCGACUGACUAUGCGACGGCGCCAGUGCUCGAACUGCACUUUCCGAACGCCAACUUUGCGGCCUUCGAGCUCGUGAUUGCCUUCAUUUACAGCGACACCAUAUCGCACGUCGAGUACAACUCCAACCUCGGUGCCAUCAACAUUGAAAUGAUUACGCAUGCGUACGAACUCGCCAUUCAGUUCAACCUGGCUCGGCUCGAAAAGCUCUGCGAGCUGCUCAUCCUGGCCGCCGUCACUGUCAAGAACGUACUCUCGGUGCUCCGAAUUGUGUCUGCGCUCAAGCUUGGCAACCUCAAAUCCGACUGUCUCAACUUCAUCGUGCGUGAAGGCAACUAUUCCGAGAUUGUUGGCUCGCCCGAGCUCGAGCAACUCGAGCAAGGUCUUUUGGUGGAGAUUGUUCGACGCCAGCAAAUGCCACAGCAGCGCGAACAGAAGCUGAGCCCGGUUGAUUCUCCCGAGGGCUCGCUUGAUCUCGACAUGUCCAACUUCUUCCAAGGCAUGACUGGCGCCUACUUUUUCGACGUGUCGUUUGUCGUUCACGGUGAAGUGUUUUUCGCCCACAAGUCGAUUCUUGCCGCCCGCGCGGAGUACUUCCGUGCCAUGUUCCGUUCUGGCAUGCAAGAGAGCAAGACUACUCGAUUGAGUGCUGCUAUCGGAGAUGUCAUGCCAAGCAGAUCUGCGUUCGCAUCGCUCAUGUGGUACAUUUACUGCGGCGACGUUGGCAUGCCGCCGGAAGACGCCAUGUACCUGUUCUCUGCGCCCCAUUUUUACGGGUUUACCAACGAUCGUCUUCAAGCAUUCUGCAAGUACAACCUGGAAGAAAACGUGUCACCUCGCAACGUCCUUCAGAUUCUCGAGGCUGCGGAUCGAAUUCAGGCGCAUGACAUGAAGCGCCACGCUCUUCAUGUGACUGUUGAAUGCUUCUCCAAGAUUGCCCAGUCGGCAAAGCUCAAGUCUCUCAAGAAGGAGCUCUUGUUGGAAAUUCUGAACGCGCUGGGCGAGAAGAUGACAAAUUGCCAGUGCUCGCAUUCGGCCGGAUCUGCGUCUCACUCGGGAGAACGACUGCGCGCCUACGAGUCCAAGAAGGAGAAGGAAAAGGAGAAGGAGAAGGAGAAGGAGCGGGAAAAGGACAAGGACAAGGAUUCCAAGGACUCCAAGGACAGGGACACUGCAGAGCGCCUUGUUGAGCGCACGACGCGCGAGCCCGUCCGACGUGACAAGCACGAUCGCCGCUUCCGGCAGUACUUGCUCGAGCAGGCUGAGAACAACUUCCCGCCUUCAGACCGCGCGGCAGAAAGUGGCGUCAGCAGGCAUCCCAACUCGGUCUGGCGAGUAUCCGAAGGCUCGUCGCGUGGGCGUGGCCGGCAAACAACGUCGGCCAGUGCUGCCGCGAGCAGUGUAGGUAGUGGUGCUUUGGACGACGCUGAUUCUCCGCUGGGCACGCCGAACAGCGCCAGCUCUGGGGCGGCAGCAGGAUCCACCUCUGCUUCAAGCACCCUUGGCACAGGUGGGAGCUCUGGCAGUGGGUUUGCUGUCGCUCUCGCUGCGCUACAAUCCACGACUGGCUCGGCCCCUGCCAGCGUUGGCGCGUCGGGCAGCACCGUUGCCGCUGCUCAACCCACCGCGUUGUCCUCCUCUGCCUCUGCCGUUGGCUCGACGCCUGUCGAGCGAGCUCGUUCGCCCACCCGCCGCAUCAUGUCGUUUGUCUAAAGACUGUCUGUUCCCCACGACCGUUCGUGAUUGUAAAUUUCUGUGCAGCAUUAUGUUUUUGAUUUUUUGUUUUAAUUCAAUCCAUAUUAUUUGCCA